GGCGGGGUGCGCAGCUCGGCUCGUGCGAGAGCCGCAGGGGCGGCGGAGCUGGGGCUGGGGCUGGAUCUCUUAGCCUGCGCCGGGGCGGGAGCCAGGGCCCGGGCCGCUCCUGAGCGGGCUCCAGCGCUAUGGGGUCUGCCGACUCCAAGCUGAAUUUCCGGAAGGCGGUGAUCCAGCUCACCACCAAGACGCAGCCCGUGGAAGCCACCGAUGAUGCCUUUUGGGAUCAGUUCUGGGCCGACACGGCCACAUCUGUUCAGGAUGUCUUCGCGCUGGUGCCUGCGGCUGAGAUCCGGGCUGUGCGAGAGGAAUCGCCCUCCAACCUGGCCACUCUGUGCUACAAGGCAGUAGAGAAACUGGUGCAGGGAGCAGAGAGUGGCUGCCACUCGGAGAAAGAGAAGCAGAUCGUCCUCAACUGCAGCCGCCUGCUCACCCGAGUGCUGCCCUACAUCUUCGAGGACCCGGACUGGAGAGGCUUCUUCUGGUCCACAGUGCCCGGGGCUGGGCGAGGAGGGCAGGGGGAGGACGAUGAGGACAGUGCCCGGCCCCUGGCAGAGUCCCUGCUCCUGGCCAUCUCCGACCUGCUCUUCUGCCCAGAUUUCACUGUCCAGAGCCACCGGCGGAGCACCGUGGACUCGGCGGAGGACGUCCACUCCCUGGACAGCUGUGAAUACAUCUGGGAGGCCGGUGUGGGCUUCGCGCACUCUCCCCAGCCCAACUACAUCCACGACAUGAACCGGAUGGAGCUGCUGAAGCUGCUGCUGACAUGCUUCUCCGAGGCCAUGUACCUGCCUCCAACUCCAGACAGUGGCAACACCAACCCGUGGGUGCAGUUCUUUUGUUCCACAGAGAACAGGCAUGCGCUGCCCCUCUUCACCUCCCUCCUCAACACCGUGUGUGCCUAUGACCCUGUGGGCUACGGGAUCCCCUACAACCACCUGCUCUUCUCUGACUACCGGGAACCCCUGGUGGAAGAGGCCGCCCAGGUCCUCAUUGUCACCUUGGACCAUGACAGCGCCACCAGCAUCAGCCCCACAGUGGACGGUACCACCACGGGCACUGCCAUGGAUGACACUGAUCCUCCGGGGCCUGAGAACCUGUUUGUGAACUACCUGUCCCGCAUCCACCGUGAGGAGGACUUCCAGUUCAUUCUUAAGGGCAUAGCUCGGCUGCUGUCCAACCCCCUGCUUCAGACCUACCUGCCCAACUCCACCAAGAAGAUCCAGUUCCACCAGGAGCUGCUUGUCCUCUUCUGGAAGCUCUGUGACUUCAACAAGAAAUUCCUCUUCUUUGUGCUGAAGAGCAGUGAUGUGCUGGACAUCCUGGUCCCCAUCCUCUACUUCCUCAACGAUGCCCGAGCGGAUCAGUCUCGUGUGGGCCUGAUGCACAUUGGCGUCUUCAUCCUGCUGCUUCUGAGUGGGGAGCGGAACUUCGGGGUGCGGCUGAACAAGCCCUACUCCGUGCGUGUGCCCAUGGACAUCCCCGUCUUCACUGGCACCCAUGCCGACCUGCUUAUUGUGGUGUUCCACAAGAUCAUCACCAGCGGCCACCAGCGGCUGCAACCCCUCUUCGAUUGUCUGCUCACCAUUGUGGUCAAUGUGUCCCCCUACCUCAAGAGCCUGUCCAUGGUGGCUGCCAACAAACUGUUGCACCUGCUGGAGGCCUUCUCUACCACCUGGUUCCUCUUCUCCACCGCCCAGAAUCACCACCUGGUCUUCUUCCUCCUGGAGGUUUUCAACAACAUCAUUCAGUAUCAGUUUGAUGGCAACUCCAACCUGGUCUACGCCAUCAUCCGUAAGCGUAGCGUCUUCCACCAGCUGGCCAACCUGCCCAGUGACCCGCCUGCCAUCCAUAAGGCACUGCAGCGACGCCGCCGGGCACCUGAGCCCCUGUCACGGACUGGUUCCCAGGAUGGCGCCUCCAUGGAGGGCUCCCGUCCCGCCGCCCCUGCUGAGCCAGGCACUCUCAAGACCAGUCUGGUGGCCACCCCAGGCAUUGACAAGCUGACGGAGAAGUCCCAGGUGUCUGAGGAUGGUACCAUGCGGUCUCUGGAGCCUGCAGCCCAGCAGGAGCCGGCAGAUGGCAGCCCAGCUACGGAGAACCAGGAAGCCACCCAUGCAUGUCGGGAGCAACGGCGACUGUCCAACGCAUCAGCCAGUGGGCAGUGGAACCCGACGUCAGAGUGGGUCCUCUCCUGGAAGUCGAAGCUGCCGCUGCAGACCAUCAUGAGGCUGCUGCAGGUGCUGGUGCCUCAGGUGGAGAAGAUCUGUAUCGACAAGGGCCUGACGGACGAGUCGGAGAUCCUGCAGUUCCUGCAGCACGGCACCCUGGUGGGGCUGCUGCCCGUGCCCCACCCCAUCCUCAUCCGCAAGUACCAGGCCAACUCGGGCACAGCCAUGUGGUUCCGCACCUACAUGUGGGGCGUCAUCUACUUGAGGAAUGUGGAUCCGCCCGUGUGGUACGACACUGACGUGAAGCUGUUUGAGAUCCAGAGGGUGUGAGGAGGGGUGCGUACAGGAGCCAGGAGCAGGGGGAGGCCAGUUCCUGGGCCCCUGGAGGCUCCCCUUGGCCCACUGUGCUGAGCUUUAAAUGCUGGUGAUCAUGGCCUGGCCAGCAGAGCAGCUGAGUCUGGAGUGGCAGCCCGAGGCCCCUUGUCUGGAUAGUGUGUACAGGCUCUGUCACCCCCGGCUGACUCCCAGGAGCCUCCCGUAUCCUAGGUUGGAGCCCUUGCCCCAGCCCCCACUCUGGCUCCCCCUCCAGCCUUGUUUCCCUGCUGAUCCUAUUUGCCCGCCCAGCUCCUGUGCCCCCACCCUCGGAGGCCACCAGGUCACUGUGCCCUAUGGGGUUGCCCCAGAGGGAACUGUGGACUGUCCUGUGGGCCACUUGGGCAGGACAAGGGGACUUCAUGCAAGCCUCCAAAAGCCAGGCUGGUGGACCGCAUGCAGUCUAGGGACUGGAGUGGGGUGUUGAGGGUCUCCUAUGUUUUCCUGGGUCAGUGGACUUAGUCUUCCUUGCUGUCACCUUCUGCCUGGAUGACAGGCAGGGGAGCGGGGCCUCUGUCCUCCCAGCUCCAGUCUCUGCCUCCUCCCACAUAUAUGAGUACAAUCUUUUGCUCUGUGCAAUCACCUCUUUCCACAAUAAAACGUCUCUCUCCCA